AUGUCCGUUCAGGGGCACACGACGUUCAGCGAGAUGCGGCAGAGCCUCAAGACGGAGUCAGAGGUUGCUUUGGUCUUUACCCACACUGCGGCGUUUGAAGAGGCCAAAGCCACCCCGGAAGAGGUGGUGAAAGAGCCGGAGAUUCCUGAAACUCCUGAGCCAGCGCAAGUCCAAGACGAGAAGGAACAGGCCAAGGAGAAAGUGAAGCAGGAAAAGGCCAGGCUGGAGCAUGAGGAGGAAGAGCGCAAGUUGAUUGACGUCAGCCUGCGCAGCAAGGGCGACCGAUUGAUGUCCGUUCAGGGGCACACGACGUUCAGCGAGAUGCGGCAGAGCCUCAAGACGGAGUCAGAGGUUGCUUUGGUCUUUACCCACACUGCGGCGUUUGAAGAGGCCAAAGCCACCCCGGAAGAGGUGAUGAAAGAGCCGGAGAUUCCUGAAACUCCCGAGCCAGCGCAAGUCCAAGACAAGAAGGCCUGGUAUGGGUUUGGUGUUUGUCCCAGCUUGAUCGUGUGUUUCCUAGUUAUGCACGCCAAGCUGAGUUUGAUGCUGGGUCUGCUGCAUCCUUCCCGGAACGGCAUGAUGUUUAACGCUACCCCUUUUCACCUGGUGAGCAUCAUUGAUAUCAGUGAUAUGUUGAUGCCCGAUCGUUGCAGCUGGUUGAUCUGA